GGGGAUUGUUGGUCAGACAAAACAUAUUUGUGAACAUGCCACCUUACACUAUCGGAUAUAGUAUUAAACAUUUUUUGACAUUUUUUAAACCACAAUGUUAAUCAGAGAAAAUUAUAGAUUUGUCCACAAUGAAAAUAAUUGUUAGCUGGACAUUUAAAACAACAGGGCUGGAAAAGCAUCCACACACUUUUACUUUACUACUAUAAAAAAGUGCAUUUACUCAAGUACCAUGUGUAAAUAAAGAUAAGACACAUCUACUGUUUUUAAGUAUUUAGUUUUUUCAUAGCACAUUCUCUGACAGUUGUAGUUAAUAGAUUGUUUGAUGAAUAAGAUCCAGAAAAUAAGAAAGCUCAGAAGCAGAGCUGUGUGUCCUGGUGAGGGGAAGACCUCAGGAAUUUCAAAUGUAAAAGCUGAUUCCUCGCCUCGACAGCGAAGAUAUGAACCUUAAACACAACAUUAUCAAAGUGACUGAUAAUAUCAUAGAGAUGGUUGAUUCUGGGGACACAAGACAAGGGUUACCCCCGAUUUAUGACAUCCCGUAGUGAAACAGAAUAUUUAGGAAAAUCCUGAGAUGAGAAUUCUCCGUAAGUGCAAGAGCUGAAUGCCUCAAAGAUGGGACAGGAAACACUUAUUCACAAAGAGCUGAUCUCGUCAUGGUUAUUCCAGCUUGUCAUAGAGGAGCAGCAGAGACGAGCUUAAACGACCAUGCUCUGACAUCAUGACUGAGAUGUCAUGUUUAAUUCACAGCUGAGAAUGACUAGCUAUUGGUUGGAUGGGUAUCAGCAGGUCACAUCCAACAUCAGUGCUAAAAGGCAGCACCUCUAUCUGGGAUAUGUUGGCUUCAUUUUUGUACAGUGGUAGGAAGUGGGGACAUGUUGUCUACAUCUCUUUGUAAAAUUUGUGUGUUGUUGUAACAGGUACUAACUUAAAAUCCAGAGAAUUUGGUUCGGACUUUACCCACAGUUUGCUUUUCACACAUGCACAACCCAGCGGAAGGUUCUUCUCACAGACACGUUCACAACAGCAAAAAGACCCUCUGCAUUAUUCAGGCAAGAGGUAGAGCAGCCGGGUGCAGCAGGCAGAGGCAGGAAGUAACAUAUUCAUUCUCUAAUUUGCUUGACAUCACACAGACACCUCAUGUCUAGUUCAGCUCAUGUCUAAAAUAAGCUUAACUGUAGGACAUGUGAUCAUACAACAUUUGCAAAACAUGAGAACAUUAAAUGUAACAGAGUCACUGAGGUAACUAAGGAAUGUUGAAUUUGGUCACUUUUAAUGCUUUUCCUGAAGUAGAACUGAAAUCAGUGUUGUGACUCAGGUCUCCUCUGCCUCUGAUAGCACAUACUGCAGAGCUGAAUGGAUCAAUUAGAUAAAAGAGUGACAUAAAGUGUUUGGAAACUGGCAUUUGUGUGGUCCUGCUCUGCCCUAAUGCUUUAACCCCUGUGAGGACCAUGAAACAGGAUUUCAGGCAGCUUUGUGAAACAGAGGAGCCUCACUUUACAACAGUGUAAGUGGUAAUAGUAGAGCCGGCAGCCAAGGAGAGGCAAACACACAUAUAGAAGCCUCGAGGGACAGGCAACCAGAAACUGAGUUGUUUCACCAACCAGAGUAUAUGAAGCUGAGAACUGUCUUAAGUUAUACAACAUGUUUAAUACUGUGUGUGAACAUGACUUUCAGAUACAUUUAGUGUAAAAUUUCCAGAUUUUUCCAGAACUGGAUCGAAGACUUUUAACAUUAUUAAAGACAUUUCCCAUGCUGAAACCAGUUUUCUGGUGCUUCAGUGUUUCCAACACAAAACAGUGCACAUGUAAGUUAAUGUAGGGCUAUAUUAAUUAGUUGAUAUGUGUGUCAGCUGAUAGCUCGGCAUUACACAAUAGAGCCCAAGACAAUUGCAGCUUUCCUGGGUCUAUCAUAUCGUGUUUGCUGUUUAGUGUAAUAUCCAUGGACAGAGAAGGGACAGAUGUCCUGCGGCAGGAAGGUUUGAACAGGAUUCGAAUAACUUCUUUCAUUCACAUGAACAAAAAGCAAAGCUCAAUUGCAGUCAAUGAGUAGCACUUAAUUGACGAGAGCCAUUUUUUAAAACUCCUUUCACAUGACCACACUUUUUCCUCAUACAACCUCAAGUUUCUAUUUAUUCAUGUAUUGGUUGUUUGCGAAGAUGGCACAAUAUUGGGUUUUUACAAGUCACAUACCUGGAGCAUAUUGUUCAUAUAUUAAGUCUUGUUUUGCAAACUUUUUACAAGGCGUUACACUACGAGUGUCUUGUAUUAAAAGGUUAUUGGCUGAGACUGAGAUUUUACAUUAAUUCUAGGUGGUUUAUCUUCUACUGGAAGCUAAUGCUAACUAAUGCUAGCCUGAAGCAGAAGAGGUGGAUGCCUGGGGAAUCUCUGUGUCAAACUGACAAAAGAGGGAUUGGAAGUUAAGUUGUAAUAAGUGUUGCCAACCGUCCUGAAAAAUAGGGAAUCGUAAUGUAAUUGGACACUAAAAGACACGUUCCGUAUUUCCACACGGGCGAUUUGUGUGACAAAUGUGGGAAACCCUCCUGCUCUUGAUAUAUGAUUUAUUUGUAGAAAUUCAAAACAAGACUUAAUGUACAAUAGUCCUCACAGAUAAGAAAUGAGAGGAUAACAUAUCAGACAGCCAAAUAGUGAUGAUACACAUUGACAUAGCUACAGGGCAGCUUCAUCAGGACACCUCUCCUCCCUGCUCCCUCCUUCCAUAUUAUUUACCACAGAUGCCACUUGGAAUUCUUAAAAUGGCAUUACAUUUUUUUACUGAUACUGUGCAUGUACUUCGCAAAAUAUUUUUGGGGGUUUUUGUCUUAAUUUUGUGAAACUAAUGAUCCCACAUCCACACUUUUUGCCAUGAUUGGCCACAAGCAGACACUUACACAUAGUGGCAGCUGAGACUCGGGAGUUAGAGAAGGUUGUCCACUAGUCCACCUGAAGGUCGGUAGGUCAGCUUCUCUAGUCUGUGUUUUGAAGCGCCCUUGGGCAAGAUGAAAGUUCAAAUAAUCAAUACAUUUUUAUUUAUAAAGCCCAUAUUCACAAAGCAAAAUUUGUCUGGUAGGGCCUAACAAGGUGCGACUUCCUCUGCCCUUGACCCUCAACAAGAGAAAGGGAAAACUACAAAAAAAAAAAACUUAACGGUGUAGAAAAGCAUAAAAACCUCAGAUAGAGCCACAUGUGAAGGAUCCCUCUCAAAAGAUAGACAGAAGUGCGAUAGAUGCACGAUCCAAAUUGAUACACAACACGGCCUGACAGUGAAAAAAAGUAGUUUAAUAGAGAUUUUGCUGCAUAUAGAGGCACUUUAAAAGCACUUUGAGUUAGUGGCAGCGUACAGCUCACCUGGUAGAGCUGCCGCCCCAAUGAAGCUAGUCUUUACCCGUAGCGGCCAGGGUUAGAGUCUCAACUGCGGCCCUUUUCUGCAUGUUUUUCCCCGACAGACUCUCUGCCCACUCUUCACAAAUUAAUCUCUCUGUUCACUCAAAAUAAAACAUUUAAAAUAAGCAAUUUGAGUAGUUGAUAAUGCUGGAAAAUCUUUUUAUAAAGACAGCCCGUUUAUAAAUACAUCAAGAUUUCAGAACCAGCUCUAAAGAGUUCAUAAGCCAACCUUAACAUGUAACCAAUUGUGCCAGAACAAAAAUUGAAGGUAAAAUUACAAUGCACAGUGGCAAAAUACAUAGUAAUUUAUCCUUAUUAUUGAAAUAUUGAAACCCAAUUUAUUGUAUAAAGUAAAUUAGUGUGUUCUCAGCUAGAUAGAAGUCUGUCAUAAGACAUUGUUUCUCAGACAAAAACCUUAUCUUGAACUCAUAGAAAUUUGAAUGGCCAUUUAAAAAACUAUUUUCAUAUAUUUUUCAUAAUAAAUGUCUAAUCAAACCAACAAAUAAGUUAUCAUCAAUGGCUACUGAAAGAAAUCUUGCCUGUUAUAAUGUAUUUUAUUAACACUAAAGUCAGGCGAUCUUGUGUUGUAAACUGGAAAUGAUGGUGAAAUGUGAGUUUUGCACACAAAGUAGUCAAAGAUUUCAGUGAGUCCCCUCUUGCACAUUGAGGUUCUGAGUGAAACACUACAGUUUUUACUGUGCAGUUUUCCAGAGGAUUCCAUUCAUCCAGUGUGAUUCAUUAUGUUUAUCAGAGAAUAUGUGAGCGUAUGCGAACUGCUCGGCAAUUCUCUGAUGUCUCUCUGCGUGUCUGAUCACAUCUGUGUCUGCUCUCUUUCUGUCUUUUUGUCCUUUUCUCUCUCAUGUCCAUCAAGAAAUGAGAAAUUCUCACAGCUAAACUGAGAGGACAGGAAAGAUAAUCACACUCCAAUUGCCUAAUUCUUCCUGAUAAAUCCAGCAGAGAGAAAGAGAAGGAGAGAGCAAAGAAAGGGUGUCUCUAAUGUCUUUUUCCCUGGCAUGACCAUAUCUAAUUGUGUCGCAGUGAUAAAUGAAUAGGUUUUUUGUGAAGGGGUCAGGGACCUUCCUUAGAUCAGAGGCCCAUCAAAUUGAAUGUUUUUUUUUUUUCUGUUGCUCACCCUCUUACCCUCUCAAUGGAUAUUUAAAUAAGCAUUCAUGAAACAGAUAUCUGCUCAUCACAGCAACAACACAAAUUCUACUUUCUUUUACACUUGGUUAUAUUAUCUCCUGGGUUACGGCAACAGAAGACGUGAGUUGUAGGAUUGACGCAUAAAAUGAUAUCAUUAUAGCAAAUGUUUUUUUAAAUUCGGUAUAAAACUUGUCUGUCCUUUCCUUUUGUUUACAGUGAGAUGGCUCUGGACUUUAUACUGUAUUAUGAGAAUAACAUCAAUUCUUAAUUUAGCACAUUUUCGUUGUCUAAAUUAAACUGUAAUAAAAUUGAAUGAGCUGUGGAGAAUGUUCAGAUGUAAUGCAUAACAAUAGAACACAUUCUUUGUUGUUGUAUUCAACAUUACAAAGUGGGAUCUAAAAGUGUUUGAAGUACAUUGUUCUGAGUGCUUCUUGGAACGCUUCCUGGAAGUCCUGUUCUGUAAGAGAAUGCUGUUAUUCUGUAAAUGUCCUCCUUCAGAUGCCUCAUAAUGGUAGAGUACAACUCAGUGUUGACAGACAGACACUAGUCACGAUUCGGACCUGAAGCACCUUUACGGGUCUAAUAGAAUGCGGGCCAUUUAACUCUGAUGAGUUUAGUUUUUCUGUAGCUGUAGACCCAUCUCUGGUCGCUAGCUGUUCAAGUUUUGGUUUAUGGUAAAAUCCCAAUAGUGCACCUGUAAUUAGUCACAAAAACUGGUAUAGGAAUUGUCUCAGACCUUUAUGAUCACACCUUGUAAUUGCAAGGAAGUUGUGUAUACUUUAUACAUAUAUAAUGAUAUAGAUUUAAGUAUCAUGUGAUAUUGUUAUUAAUGCUGUUAUAUCAAUUUGAUUAGUCAAGAAGUGGUUUAUAAAUCUCACCAUGAAGGUCUAGCGACAAAUUAUUCUGUUAAACAACACAAGGACCUGUGUUGUUGGGACUGUGUUACUGUGAGACAUGAAAUACAAUAUGGGAGGUCCAAUUUGAGUAAGACUUCCAUGAGUUUGAAGGUUUAUAUGAAUCCUAAUGACUGCAUAGAGGUUCAUAAUGCUCCAAGACAGGCUUUUAUUACAGUGGUAUUGUCCAUUUUGACAACCAUACCAACAUGUUGUUAGGGCGGCUGUGGCUGAGGGGUAGAGUGGUCGUCCUCCAACCUGAAGGUCCGCAGUUCGAUCCCCAGUCUCACCCGGCUGCAUGCCGAAGUGUCCUUGGGCAAGAUGCUGAACCCUGAAUGGCCCCCCCAUAGAAUAACAAAGUGCUGUGAAUAGAUGCACUGUAUGAAUGUGUGUAUGAAUGGGUGAAUGUAAAACUGUACUGUAAAGCGCUUUGAGUGGUCAUCAAGUCUAGAAAAGCGCUAUAUAAAUACAAAACCAUUUACCAUGUCCAUCACAUAGGUAAAUGCCUUGCUUCUUUGUCCUACUUCAGUCUUGCCUGUCAUGCUGUCAGCUGUGAAGAGCUCUUAUACUUGGUAACGAUAAACCUGUGGAAUAUAAGAUGUCUUAUGGAAGCAGGUCAUGGCUGUCCAUCAUGUCACCACUGCAUUGACAGUGAUUUAUAAAGGUGAUCAACGUGGAUGGCAGUAACAGACAGACUCUGCUAGAGGACAAACUACCUCAUAUCUUUGGUUUCACUCUGUUGGGUGAUUACAUCUACUGGACGGACUGGCAGAGGCGCAGCAUUGAGAGAGUCCACAAAGGCACAGCGGUACGAGAGAUCAUCAUUGAUCAGCUGCCAGAUUUAAUGGGACUGAAGGCCACUAAAGUGACAGAGACAUACGGAACAAAUGGCUGUGCUGUGGAUAACGGUGGAUGCAGCCAUCUGUGUUUCUGGCAGCGACAGACUAUUAGCUGUGCCUGCCCCAUGGGCAUGGAGCUUCUCUCAGACCUGCAGACCUGUGUGGUGCCUGAGGCUUUCUUGCUCUUCACUAACAGGGACAACAUCAGGAGUAUCUCUUUGGGCACCAACAGCAACGACGUGGCCAUUCCUCUGACUGGAGUUAAAGAAGCCUCAGCUCUCGACUUUGACGUCUCUGAAAGGAGAAUAUAUUGGACUGACAUACAGUCCAAGACAAUUAGUAGAGCAUAUAUGAAUGGCAGCUCAGUAGAACAUGUCAUAGAGUUUGGACUGGACUACCCAGAAGGCAUGGCAGUUGACUGGAUGGGUCGUAACAUCUAUUGGGCCGACACAGGCACUAACCGUAUCGAGGUGGCCAGGCUGGAUGGCCAGUACCGGCAGGUUCUGGUUUCCAAGGAUCUUGACAACCCGCGAUCGUUGGACAACCCUCGCUCACUGGCACUGCACCCAGCUAAAGGAUACAUGUACUGGACAGAGUGGGGUGGUCGACCUCGUAUAGCCAGAGCAUACAUGGACGGCAGCAUCAUCAUGACCUUGGUUGAUAAAGUGGGCAGGGCAAACGGACUGACCAUUGACUAUGUAGACCAUCGACUCUAUUGGACUGACUUGGACACAUGUAUGAUCGAAAGCACCAACUUGCAAGGCCUUCAGAGAGAGAUCAUAGUAGACGACCUCCCUCACCCCUUCGGUCUGACCCAAUACCGAGAUUUUAUCUACUGGACAGACUUCAAUCUGCGGAGUAUUGAGAGAGCGGAUAAACGCAGUGGGCUCAACCGCACUGUGGUGUUGCAGGGUCAGCUAGAGCUAAUGCUGGACAUCCUGGUUUUCCACUCAUCUCGCCAGGAUGGUAGCAAUGAGUGCUCCCAAAACAAUGGCAACUGUGCACACCUUUGCCUGGCAACGCCUGCUGGUGCUCAGUGCCGCUGUGCCUCCCACUACACCUUGAACCCUGACGGACGAAACUGUAGCUCGCCCUCCAGUUUCCUGCUCUUCAGUCAAAAGGCCAGCAUCAGCAGAAUGGUUUUAGGUGAGCAGAGUCCUGACAUCAUCCUGCCCAUCCACGUCUUAAGGAAUGUCCGAGCCGUCAGCUAUGACCCACUGGACCGCCUUGUCUACUGGCUGGACGGACGACAGAAUAUAAGAAGGGCCAGAGACGAUGGAGCCAUGUCCAUGAUAGUGAGCAGCACUUUUCAGCCAAUGGACAACCAGCUUCAUGACCUAAGUCUAGACCCGUACAGCCGCCACAUUUACUGGACCUGUGAGACAACCAACACAAUCAAUGUUCAGAGGAUGGAUGGACACACUGUAGGUGUGGUCCUGAAGGAUGAAACGGACAAGCCCCGGGCCAUCAUGGUCAGCGCUGAGAAAGGGUACAUGUAUUUCACCACAGUGCAAGAGCGCUCAGCUAAAAUUGAAGGCGCCAGUCUGGACGGGACAGAGAGAGAAUCUCUGUUUACCACUGGUCUGAUUAGACCAGUAGCUCUGGCUCUGGACAAUAAACUGGGAAAACUGUUCUGGGUCGAUGCUGACCUUAAACGCAUUGAGAGCAGUGAUCUUACAGGAGCCAAUCGCAUCGUCCUCCAGGAUUCCAACAUUCUCCAGCCAAUCGGGCUGACAGUCCUUGGAGGCCAUCUGUACUGGAUCGACCGGCAGCAGCAAAUGAUAGAGAGGGUGGACAAACUGACAGGAGAUGGACGCACACGCAUUCAGGGACGGAUAUCAUACCUGACCUCCAUCCAUGCUGUGGAAGAGAUGGACCCACAGGAAUAUGCAUCCCACCCUUGUUCCCGUGACAAUGGAGGUUGUUCUCAUAUCUGCAUUGCUAAGGGUGAUGGUACACCCCGCUGCUCCUGUCCAAUGCACCUGGUGUUACUGCAGGAUCUGCUACGCUGUGGAGAGCCUCCCACUUGCUCCACAGAGCAGUUCACCUGCUCCACAGGGGAGAUCGACUGUAUUCCAAUGGCUUGGCGGUGUGAUGGUGUCACUGAAUGUGAAGAUGGUAGUGAUGAGGAGAACUGUCCCGUGUGCUCAGCCUUCCAGUUCCUGUGUGAUAAAGGAGGCUGUAUUGAUGCUCAGAGGCGCUGCAACGGUGAACCAGACUGUGCUGAUGACACUGAUGAGCAGGACUGUGAAACUAUUUGCCCUCCCAAUCAGUUCCGCUGCAGUGAUAACCAGUGUAUAACCAAGAAACAGCAGUGUGACAACUACUCUGACUGUCCCGACGGAUCAGAUGAGUUUGCUUGUGAGAAUGUGUCCCCUCCCUCCAGUGGCAUCCCCAACACAGGGCCCAAUACCAUUGGUCCAGUCAUUGCCAUCAUCCUGCUGGUCUUUGUUAUUGGGGCAGCUUAUUUUGUUUGCCAGCGUGUGGUGUGUCGUCGCUACAAGGGCCCUAGUGGGUCUUUUCCUCAUGAGUAUAUCGGUGGUACGCCCCAUGUACCCCUCAACUUCAUCUCCCCAAGCAGCUCCCAGCAUGGCACCUUCCAAGGGAUUUCUUGUGGAAAGUCCAUGAUGAGCUCGGUCAGCCUGAUGGGCAGCAACAGCAGUGGAGCACCCCUCUAUGACAGGAACCAUGUGACUGGAGCCUCAUCUAGCAGCUCAUCAUCUACCAAGGGAGCCUUCUACCCUCAGAUCCUAAACCCACCUCCGUCCCCGGCUACUGACCGCUCUCUCUACAACACAGAGAUCUUCUACUCUUCCAACAGUCCGUCCACCACCAGAUCGUACAGACCUUACCAUCCAGUCCGUGGCACUGCCCCGCCUACUACGCCCUGCAGCACUGAUGUCUGUGACAGUGACUACACAACCCACCACCUUCCGGCUGGGCUUGCAUCAUCAACAGGCCGGUGGAAGGCCAUGGGCCAUGGCAGCCACGGCAAACACACCAAAUACUACAUGGACCUUAACUCAGACUCUGACCCCUACCCUCCACCCCCCACUCCCCGUUCCCAGUACCUGUCAGCUGAGGACAGUUGCCCCCCAUCCCCUUCCACAGAGCACUCCUACUUUCACCUCUGCCCCCCUCCUCCCUCACCCUGCACCGACUCCUUGUGACCCUCCAACAGCCCAAGAGCCCUUUAAGGAAGGAAAGGACACAGUAUGCUUGCCUCAUUCAGAAGUGGCCUUGUCUGGCCCACAGGGAAAGAACAAAUUUUCACACAUGCUGCUUUAUCUCAACUGCUUAGGCUUUAUUGCCUUGUUCAAGGUUCCUAUGUCCCCAUUUGUUCAUAUCAUCAUUCCAGUAUUCCUGGAGCUCUCAGGGUGACCAUCAUUUGAUCAGUUUGUCUCCCAUGUGCUCUGCUCUAACAUUCACUCAGUGGUGGCUGAUGGUUCAAGGUCUUCUUUCCUUUCUAAAGAACACAAAAAGAAGAUGAUAAUUAUAAACGGCGAGCAGCUCCCACUAUAAUUUUCACUCCUCCAUAAUAAGAAACAUUUCCUUUUCUGGGCAACAAAAUGUCAAGCCUUCCCUCUGUCCAAAUUUGAGCCCUGGCCUCACCUAAAAUCACUGACUUAAGGCCGGCGCAUGCUUCUGCAACUGCGUCUGCUGCUUUUCACGCAGCUGUGUCGAAGGACUCGUUGUCAUUCAUGCUUCUCAAACCGUUGCGCGUGUUACAAAGUAAUUCCCCGCCAGAACACUAGGCGGAGUAACGUGUUUUGUCGAAGACGACAUUAGAGACGCCUUCUUUCUUCUUCGUCGACUGUUUAUUUACAUCGCCACUGCGGCUCCUCAUAGCCUUUUUCUGGCAGACAAAUCCGCCAGUCAGUGACGGUUUAUACAAGUGGUCAUACUUUCGGAUCUCUUCUGCCAAACGCUCUUCUAUUUGGUCCAUAUUCGUUCUUCUAAAUCUUCCGUUGUUUCUGCCGGUAUUAUGUGGCAUGAAACCGGAAAUGAACAGCUAUUGAACAUAUGUGUUAUGAGUGAAGGAUGGAUGCUUUUCAUUGUGAAUCUGAACCUCUUCCAUCAACUUUUCUUCACUCUCAUCAUUCUGUUUACCAAAAGUAUGUUUGCUGCUAUUGUGUACAUUCUAUACGAGUUACUAUAACAUAUAAUUUCACAGAAAGCCCACGCCCAUACUGGCAGUAUGUCUUGAAGUUAUUUUACAGUUAAUAACAAAUUACUUUUAAAGCAACAUUUAUUUGUAUUUUCUUUUGUGUAUCGUUCAUUAUGUAUUUUUCUAUGUCACUCUCCAUGCUUAUAUUUUUUGGGAAAUAGUAAAGUGAAAUGUUGAAUAUCCCUUGUACGUUUGAAGGUCGUCUGCACAAUUUAGGUUACCAACUACCAGUAGAUGUUAAAAGGUGUUAGUAGCCACAAGCCGGGGUUAGGGACAUAACUGUGCAUCUUAGCGCCAUGAAGUGUUUUGGGCUUGUUAUCAAUGAUACAGGCCAAAUUUGAGAGUAUACUGAGGCUAAAGGUAAAUCUGACUGGCAACUGGCUUGUAUGGCAGUAUUAUGAAGCUAUUUGGCCUGCUCAGUAGAUAAUUACCCCUAUGCCUUUUUAAACUAAACACUUUACCUUUUUGAACAUAGGAAAAGAUUGAAAAUACGUAAAGUAUGUUCUGCCACACUAAUUAAUGCCCACCGCCAGUUGAUGUAAUUCAGUUAUGUACCUAAGUGUCAUCAGGUGUUUCGGGUCUAGUCCCUGCCCCUGUCUUGCUUGAGUGACAGCCUUUCUUGCUGCCUCUACUUGACGCCUGAUUUCCAGGACUACCAUCUUCCUCGCUCUGAAAGAGUUACCUUGUUUCACAGGGGUCUCCUCUGAGCUAGGCCUAAACAACCUCUUCCCUGAUGAAAGUGGUCCACAAUGUCAGCGUGUUCGAGUGCUGCUUUUGCUCGUUGAAUUGCAUUUUUUGGUCUCAAUUUCUCUCCUGUUGUCGAGGAUGGUCCAACAGCCUGUAUAGAUUUGUCUCAGGACUCUUGAUAGAGUCAACUCCAGCCUUGUUUUGGUGCAUUUAAACUCUUCUACGAAACUUGAGAUAGGCAACUCGACAAUGCCCUGUCGGUACCGGCCAAUGUUGCUCAUUUCUCACAUAGGAAUUUAUCAUCCUCUCCAUGUUCUCAACUUCUGUGAUAGGAUCACAACUACUGUAUGUGGCCACAUCAGUCGGGGGGGAAUGGCCAAACUCUAAGCACCAGAGCUUUAACUUGCCAGGAAGCAUGGACUGGUCGAUAUUCUUAAGACCUUUGUUGACAUCCUGCUUCAGUUGCUGGACUUGUUUGCAGUCUUUGAGGCUUACAGUGGGGAAAAAAAAUAUUUAGUCAGCCACAUAUUGUGCAAGUUCUCCCACAUAAAAAAAUGAGAGAGGUCUAUAAUUUUCAUCAUAGAUAUACCUCAAUUAUGAGAGACAGAAUGAGAAAAAAAUUUAAAUAAAUCACAUGCUUUUCACACACUGUUGAUGGUAUUUUGGCCCAUUCCUCCAUGCAGAUCUCCUCGAGAGCAGUGAUGUUUUGGGGCUGUCACUGGGCAACACAGACUUUCAACUCCCUCCACAGAUUUUCUAUGGGAUUGGGAUCAUUGUCAUGGUGAAAGACCCAGCCACGUUUCAUCUUCAAUGCCCUUGCUGAUGGAAGGAGGCUUUCACUCAGAAUCUCACGAUACAUGGCCCCAUUCAUUCUUUCCUUUACACGGAUCAGUCGUCCUGGUCCCCUUGCAGAAAAACAGCCCCAAAGCAUGAUGUUUCCACCCUCAUGCUUCACAGUAGGUAUGGUGUUCUUUGGUUGAAACUCUGCAUUCUUUCUCCUCCAGACACGACGAGUUGAGUUUUUACCAAAAAGUUAUAUUUUGGUUUCAUCUGACCAUAAGACAUUCUCCCAAUCCUCUUCUGGAUCAUCCAAAUGCUCUCUAGUAAAUUUCAGAUGGGCCUGGACAUGUACUGGCUUAAGCAGGGGGACACGUCUGGCACUGCAGGAUUUGAGUCCCUGGCGGCGUAGUGGGUUACUGAUGGUAGCCUUUGUUACUUUUGUCCUAGCUCUCUGCAGGUCAUUCACUAGGUCCCCCUGUGUGUUUCUGGGAUUUUUUGGUUCUUGUGAUCAUUUUGACCCCCUGGGGUGAGAUCUUGCGUGGAGCCCCAGAUCGAGGGAGAUAUCAGUGGUCUUGUAUGUCUUCCAUUUUCUAAUAAUUACUCCCACAGUUGAUUUCUUCACACCAAGCUGCUUACCUAUUGCAGAUUCAGUCUUCCCAGCCUGGUGCAGGUCUACAAUUUAGUUUCUGGUGUCCUUUGACAGCUCUUUGGUCUUGGCCAUAGUGGAGUUUGGAGUGUGACUGUUUGAGGUUGUGGACAGGUGUCUUUUAUACUGAUAACGAGUUCAAACAGGUGCCAUUAAUACAGGUAACGAGUGGAGGACAGAGGAGCCUCAUAAAGAAGAAGUUACAGGUCUGUGAGAGCCAGAAAUCGUGCUUGUUUGUAGGUGACCAAAUACUUAUUUUACCGAAGAAUUUACCAAUUAAUUCAUUAAAAAUCCUACAAAGUGAUUUCCUGGAUUAUUUCCCCCCAUUCUGUCUCUCAUAGUUGAAGUGUACCUAUGAUGGACAUUACAGAUAUCUCUCAAUUUUUUAAGUGGGAGAACUUGCACAAUUGGUGGCUGACUAAAUACUUUUUCCUCCCAAUGUACAUCAUAGCAUUAUCAAAAGCUUUUUAUUGGUUUCUCAGACACUGUUGGAACGGGAUCUCCAUUAAUGUAGAAGCUAAAGUGUGAUCUCUUACGUUUGCUUAUUGAGAUGCUUCUUGAGUGCCAAGGUUUGGGUACUUUUUGGCUUCACCCAUGCCAAACAUUAAUUUCUUCAAGAAGCUUAGAACAUUAGGAGCAUUUUUGUAUACCCUGUACGGGACACUGUUAGGGCCUGGGGCUGAUGAUGCUCUUGCCCGCCGCACUGUGCUCUCGACUUCUUUCCAUUUCGGAGGGCCCACAUCCAUUUGGUGUUCUGGUUGCUCAAUGGGUGGGAUAUCAGAUGGAAUAGCUAUCGGAUCAUGUCUGCUUGGGUCAGAGGGUUAUCCGUCCAGGUGCUCCUCUAUGUCCUGCUUUGAGGUCCUCAGGGUUCCUCCCUUCUUUGCAGUGAAGAGGGAAUUCCCGAACUUGAAGGGGUCUUGAAAGAAACAGGUUCUUUGUCGUUUUCUAUUCCAAGUUGUUCUUAGGCGCUCUGCCCGCCUUAAGGUUGUCAGUCGGCUCUUGAUGUUCUGCUGCAGUAUGUUAAUUCCCUCCUUCUGCUCCUCUGAUGCUUUCUUCCAAUGCUUUUCAAGCUACUUCUUCUCUUGUACCUGGUGCUCUAUUUCCAGCUGCCUUCUGGACUUGGUUUCCAUUGUUGGUGUUAUCCGUUAUUUCUGUGUCACUCCAACAUGUACCGUUCUGAAGUUAUUAAUGACAUUACCCAUCCUUUCAAGUUUUGUCUCAACUGUGUCCUUUAUCUUUUCCAGGAUAGCGCUUGGGUCUGCAUUGAUGGCCUCCCAUUUAGCUUUUUCUGAUGCUCUGGGUCAGUUUACCAUUGGUUUGUAAAGGUUUAUUCUACCUUGUUGCUUGAGAUAUCCUCCUGAGAUACAGGGGGACUGCGAACUUUGGGUCGAGUUAGGUCGCUCUCGACUGACUUGAUUGACUUCUUAGAAAGUACUGAUCAAUGCGACAUCCCUGCUCUCUUUCGAUCAAGCACUUCUUUCUUUGGUAUAUUUUUAGGCCCUUGGCCAAUAUUAUUUUCCUCCAGCCACAGGGACACAUCCGGAGCUUAUUGUCUGAUUCUGUCAUGUUAGCUUCUUGAAUUGUGCUUGUCUUCUUCUUUGUUUCCGUUCCAGGGGGUUCUGUUACUGGGUCCCGCCAGUAUGGAUAGGUUCCCCAUGCCAGCUUUCUUUCCUCGCCGCCACAAGAUCUUUCCCUUGUUGUCAGCUCUUCUGCUCAUGGCGGUCACUGGAUGCAUCCAGCUACAAAACAAGAACUUCAAACCCUUUCUACUUACACACCUCAACACACCGGGCCAGUCUCUGCGUAAAGUAUGCAAGAAUCUGUUAGACAGCACAGUUAAUACCCUUUGGCCUGACUUUUUGCUGCAAUUUUUCUGAACAACCACUGCACAGUCACCUGAGGUUGUUCUGGUACUUAGUCUUAUGAUCAGAUAAAUGACGAGGGAACACGAUUCUUAAGGGGCAACAUUUACUAGAUUUUGAUAUUUUUAUUUUAUCUAUAUUUUUAUAUUCAGCCUGCUGUCACUCCAGCACAUGGUAAAUAUCAGCUCAAGAUACUACACCAAAACAGCGGGAACAUAUACAUAAUAGACAAACCUCCUCUACGACAAAGCGGAACACUAAAUGAUUUCAGUGUGUAAUUUGACUGUUGAGAGAUAAGAGCAAUCUGUGUGUGUGUGCACGUGCAUGCAUGCAUGUGUUUUGCUCCAAGCAGUCCAUUUUUAAGGGGUGUGUGGACACCAAAUCAAGCCACUGUGUCAGCGAAACUCCUUAGACACUGUUUUCUCAGCAAAUUGUUUGUGUCUAUUUUACUCCUGUGACUGUUUUUAUUUGUACCAGAAGCAUUUUAUAUAAUAAAGGUUCUAUUUUAAGGAA